CAGCGAACGGCACGUGAUGUCGACGGCCUUUCUCGUGGACAGCUUACUGCAUGCCCAGCGCGCCCAGAGCUACAGUGAGAGUCAGCUAAAGUCGAGCCUCAGCGAGAUGCUGUUGAGUCGUGGCCCGGGCGAACCGGCGGCGGAGGAGCGCUCCUCCUCCUCGGAGCUUUUGUGCAAUUGCAACUGUGCCAAACGUGGCUAUAAAUGUGAUAAGUGCCGUGAGAAUCGUGCGGAAAGUGUUGACAGCAUUGAGGAGAUGGAAUUGGACGAUGACGAGGACGAUGAGGAUGAGGAUGAAAUUGUUGCGGACAUCGAUAGUGUGGAGACACCGCAUUUGGAUGAGGAGGAGCUGGACGAUGAGCUGGAGCGUGAGGCAAUCAAAUUGCCCAAAGUUGAGCCCAAAGAGAGCAGCAUCAGCAAUAACAGCACCACCGGCGGCACCACCAUACUCAAGGAUAACAACAGCAAGCCCAUACUUAAGUUCAGCGUAUCCGCCAUCCUCGGUGACACACGCGAAGGAGUCCGCGUUCGAAACGAGUUUAUGCAACCGCAGCAUAUAUGGCCUUAUCUACAACAAAACUUUAUGCAACAUCACACACAUCAAUAUCAUCAGCACCAUCAUCAUGCACAGCAGCAGCAACAACAGCAGCAACAACAGCCGCCACCACCACAUCAUCAUCAUCAUUCACACCAUCAGCAACACCAUCCGGCAUUGGUGGGGCAGGCGGCACUUGGACUGUCACACCCACUGCAUCACCAUGCCCAUGCACAUUUUCCACAUCCCGCAUUUCUAACGCAUCAGCAGCAGCAACAUCAACAGCAACAACAGCAGCAGCACCAUGGCAAUAGUUGUCAACCGCAAACCACAGCAACGACGGCCGCAUCCUCGUCGUCACCUGGCAGCACAAUUAGUGAUAGCGACAACAAUCACAGCAACAGCAAUAGCAACUCGAAUAACAACAACAACAAUGCUCUGCUCGAUGGUCGACCGCAUGAAAUCGGCAACGAUACCAACGAGGACAACAACAAUCGAAGAUUAACGCAAGAAAAGCUGCAGCAGCAACAACAACAGCAGCAGCAACAGCAACAGCAACAACUGUUGAGUGGACAAGCAACAGGGGCAACAUCGCAUCCGACACCACCACCCCCGCCACCGCCCAUACAUCCGGUGAUUGCCAAACCCAUGCCCAGUCGGCCAACACCCUUUCUGCCACACACACUGAAUCAUCCGCAUUUGCAUUCGCUACUGGCGCACUGUCGCAAUCCCUACAUGAGUGUUGGUGCCCAAGUGUUUCCCCUUCCCCCUGGUCAGGGCUUCCCCUGGGCGCAUUCGACACGUGGCAAGCCACGCAGAGGCAUGAUGCGGCGUGCCGUCUUCUCAGACUCACAGCGCAAGGGGCUGGAGAAGCGUUUCCAGCAACAGAAAUAUAUCAGCAAGCCAGAUCGCAAGAAGCUGGCUGAAAGAUUGGGCCUAAAAGAUUCUCAGGUAAAAAUUUGGUUUCAAAAUCGCCGCAUGAAAUGGCGUAACUCCAAGGAGCGCGAACUGUUGGCCAAUGGUGGCUCACGCGACCAGACGCUGCCCAACAAGAACAAUCCGAAUCCGGAUUUAUCCGAUGCCAAAUGCGAUCGUCCACUAACGCCGCUAUCGCCAUCAUUGCUCUCGCCCAGCUGUAGCGUCUCACCACCGCCGCCAACAUCAGCUGCCAAGGAUGAGCCUGGAGCGGGCGCGGGCGCAGGCUUAGGAGGAACAACAACAACAACGACAGCUGUCGCACCCAAAUCACCGCAAUCUGCCAGAAGCAGCAGUUCACCAAUGGAGGGGGCAUCAACGCCCUCGAAUGCGAUUAGUUAUGGUAUGCAAAUUAGUUCGCCGCCACCGCUGCUGACCAGCUUGAAGAUGAGCGAUCAAUCAGCGACGCCGACGCCAACGACAACGGUCUCCUCGGCAGCCUCGUCGCCGCCGGGCGUAGCCAGCGCAGCCGAAUUUCAGGCAAAGAUUAAUGCCGAGAUGCAGAAGCAGCUGGUGGCCGUCGAUCUCAAGUUCAAGCUGGAGACGAGCAUCCAGGAGGCGAAGCAGCGUCGCUUCGAGCAACUGCAGCAACUGCAUCAUUCGCCACAUUUUACAGCCAUGCGUGAGGUGGAGUUGGCUGCUGCAGCGGCUGCCGCCCAACUACAUCAUCAUCACCAGCAGCAACAGCAGCAACAGCAACAACAGCAGCAGCAACAACAACAUCAACAACAAUCGCCGCCAGUUGGCACGGCCACAUCUGCCGUCCAGUUUCAGGGGGCGGAGUUUAUGAAGCUGUACUAUGAUGACUACGAUGAUUCCAAUUCGGACAGCGAUGAGGAGAUAAGCGUAACGUGAUUGCCAGGACAUGCGCAAGGAUAUUGUAAAUAUAUGUUUAGCAUUUUUAAAUUGUACAUUUUUG